AUAGUACUCCUUUCCGCUCAAUAGCGCACUGGACACACGGUAUUAUAGGCGUGGAAAGGACCGUAAAUAAAUCUUCAACCGAUGAGAUUUAUCUUUCGGAGUCAAUUUUCUUUUCGAAGUGAUCAAUGGACGCAAUCUGGGGGGCAUUCAUUCUUGGACGUGUUUCUUGUUGUUUCUUGUUUAGUUUUUUCUUUCUAGAAACGCAUCACAUCAACGAGUAUCCCGCGGGGUGUUAAUGAGGUGACUAACCUGCAGAUUAAUUAUAUCUCUGUGUUUCCUGGAGAUGCUAUCCUGCGUGCCCUUCUCCGGAAGGACCGGAAAAAUACAUCGCAUCUUAUUAGCCUGAUGUGAACCUCCUCCCCCCCCACCCUGAUCAGCAGCAAACCACAGACAGUCCGAGCAGGCAGCGGUGGCUGCUCAUACUGCAGGCGCUCAAUGGGCCAUUUUUACUGAGGACUUCAGUUCCCGUCCGGAAAGCUGCGCGCAAAGGGGGAAACUGGUUCUUAUCUGCCAUCACACAGUUUGGUGGUUGGUCGCCGAUUUAUGGGGCAACUUUUGUACGUUUUGAUUCCGAAACUUUACCUAUGAUUCUCGAAGAUGGGGCCAACUCGUGGUUUUCCUCGGGGAAACAUCCUUUUGAUUCUGUUGCUGUGGUGUGGAGGAUCCAGCGGGCUGUACUUCCCUCAGAGCGAUUACUUUGAGACCGUGUACGUGGGCCAGCCCGCGGGGACACCCGUGCUGCAGGUGAUCUCCAUGCUGGACAACAGCAAUGAGCGGCCUCACUUCUACCUGUGCUUCUCGUCCACGGGAGCGCCCCCGUACCUCCGCUGGUUCCACCUGGACGUCCACACGGGCGUGCUCCACCUCAACAAGAGCCUGGAGGAGAGCGACUUCGCCCUGCUACUAGGGAUGGGCCGGUCGCGAACGAUUCGUUCACAGCGAACGAAUCCCGAAGGUAAGAGGCCGGUGACCGUGAGGAAGCUGCUGCUGACCGCCAUGGUGCUGAACCGCGCCAACUCCAGGACCCAGUGUGGGCGCCAGCAUGCCCGCCUCUCCUUGACGUUCGUCAACGAAACCGUGCCCCCGUGCGGCGGCGACCACGGCCUGCAGCAGCUGUGCUUCCCGUCGCGGGCGCCCCCCACCCCGCACAUCAUGGAGAACCGGCUGGCCGGGCCGGUGCAGCAGCUCAGACGCCUCCCGCUGCUCAACAUGUGCCCCAGCUACAACGUCUCCUACAGCGUGGAGUCAGACGUCCCCGUGCCGUUCACGGUGAACGAGAGGACCAGCGAGCUGGAGGUGACGGCGCCUCUGGACCGGGACGAGGUCGAGCUGUACCGGUUGGUGCUGGUCUGCAGCGUGCUCACCGGCGAGACCCUCACCAAGUACGAGACCUCGCUGGAGGUCAGCGUGUUCGAUGAGGACGACAACGCGCCGUUCCUCAACGGGAACGACUCCGUAGAGGUGGUCGUCGAGUACAACCGCGACAAGGGAGCUCUGCUCGCCACCCACUCUGUCUUUGACCGAGACAUAACGCCCAAGUACCCCAAGGAACCCAGGCAGAACCGAUACGUGGGCACCAUGCUGACCAUCGACCAGUGGACCAACGAAACCUUCACCGUUACAAGCACCUUCAAGGAGGAUAAGUCUUUGUUCGGCAACAUCCGAGGGACCGUCUUUGAGUACACGCUCGCCCUGAAGAGGAACCUGUACGUGACGGAGAACCGCACGGUGCAGGUGGACUACCUGGUCAACGACACCACCUACCCCGGGCCCGAGGGCUCGGUGUUGCUGCGCUACAACAUCACCAUCCUGCCCGUCCCCAUCAGCUUCAACAACACCACCUACCAGUUCACCGUGAGCCGCCGGGCCUCCACCUACGCCCUGGUGGGCCGGGUGUGUGUGGAGAACUGCCUGCGGUUCCAGGGCAUCGGCGUGGCGUACCGGCUGGAGGUGGCCGACCGUAACGCGACGGCAGAGGCGCUGGCGUGCCACGCCGCCCUGGACGUCACCCAGAGCCUGCGGGACAUGACGGGGGUGCUGUACGUCAACGCCUCGGCGGCGCUCCGCAGGGCAGAGUGCCGGGACCUCCAGUACGUGGUGACGGCGCAGGAGGAGGGCGGCCCGCUGCAGGCCAGCACGCAGAUCCUCCUGGUGCUGGAGGGGGAAGCAGGCAGGGCGGGACGGCAGGAACAGCGGGCCCUCUCCUGUAGUGAGAGCAGACAGAGGCUAGACUGUGAGAUCACCAGCGGCCUCGGGGCCACCAACGGGAGGUGCCAAUGGAGACAAGGCACUGAGAAAGGAAUAUCUGAGUAUUAUUCCACCUGUUCCCCGGACCUCCGAACCUGUCCAGACGGCUUCUGCGAUGCGGUGGAAAGCAAAGACAUGUCGAUUUGUCCCCAAGAUUGUACAACAGAAGCAGUGAUCGGGGGUCACGUGAAAGGCCUGAUGUUCGGGAUCAAGGCCGGCUACGGGACAUGCUACUGCUUCGCAGAGCGGUGCUUCUGUGAGAAGGACGACAUUGAGGAGGCGAUAUGCGACGAGAUGUGCAAGACGGUCAUCGCCACAGCGGUGCUGCUGUCCUUCAUCGUCUCCAUCCUGCUGUCCUCCUACUGCGUCCACCGCUACAACAAGAGCUCCCCCAAGCCCCCCAUCGCCUCGGCCGAGAUGACCUUCCGCCGGCCCGCCCAGGCCUACCCCAUCAGCUACUCCGCUAACAACGUGCGCCGCGGCUCCCUGGACUCCAUGGAGAACCAAGUGGCCAUCGACAACUUCAAAAUACCCGAGGAUCCAAAGUGGGAGUUUCCUCGUAAAAAUCUGGUUCUUGGCAAGACCUUAGGGGAAGGGGAGUUUGGGAAGGUUGUCAAGGCAACGGCGUUCCGGCUGAAGGGGAAAGCUGGCUACACCACCGUGGCUGUGAAAAUGCUUAAAGACCACGCUUCACACAGCGAACUGCGUGACCUGCUGUCAGAAUUCACAUUGCUGAAGCAAGUCAACCACCCGCACGUGAUCAAGAUGUACGGAGCCUGUAGUCAGGACGGUCCCUUAUACCUGAUCGUGGAGUACGCCAAGUAUGGAUCCCUCCGCAACUUCCUGCGGGAAAGCCGCAAGGUGGGGCCGAGCUACAUGAGCGGCGAGCGCAACUCCAGCUAUCUGGAGAACCCUGAUGAGAGGGCUCUCACCAUGGGGGACCUCAUCUCCUUCGUCUGGCAGAUAUCCAGGGGCAUGCAGUAUCUGGCGGAAAUGAAGCUCGUUCACAGAGACCUCGCCGCGCGCAACGUCCUGGUAGCCGAGGGCCGCAAGAUGAAGAUCUCUGACUUUGGCCUCUCCAGAGACGUCUACGAAGAAGACUCCUACGUGAAGAGGAGCAAGGGUCGUAUUCCGGUCAAAUGGAUGGCGAUAGAGUCCUUGUUCGAUCACAUCUACACAACACAAAGCGACGUCUGGUCUUUCGGGGUACUGUUGUGGGAAACCGUGACCCUGGGGGGCAACCCAUACCCGGGCAUCGCUCCCGAACGCCUCUUCAACCUGCUGAAGACAGGCUACCGAAUGGAGAAACCAGAAAACUGCUCGGAUGAAAUGUAUAAUCUCAUGCUCCGCUGCUGGAAGCAAGAAUCUGACAAGAGGCCCACUUUCAUAGAUAUCAGCAAAGAACUGGAAAAAAUGAUGGUGAAAAGUCGGGAUUACCUGGACCUGGCGGCGUCCACGCCGGCCGACGCCCUCCUGUACGACGACGCCCUCUCCGAAGAGGACACGCCUCUAGUGGACUGUAAUAACGCCCCCCUCCCUCGCGCCCUCCCCUCCACAUGGAUUGAGAACAAGCUCUAUGGUAGAAUCUCCCAUGCAUUUACUCGAUUUUAGAGCGCACACGCUCUCUUGUUUCUGGCAAGUUGUGGUUGGCUUUCCGUAGUCAAAGUGCGUGUGACUGUGACCUUAUUAGGCAUGCCUCUUUUCUCUGACACUGCCCGUCGUAGCUCCCAUUUCAUCGUGAAUGAGAGACUCAGUGGAAAAGAUCUUGUGUCUUGACUGUUUGUUUGUCUGUUUGUUUUUUUUCUUCCUUUGGACCUGCUUCCAAUGUACAUGAAACCCGACCAAAGAAAUUUAACAUUUUGUAUAUAUUCCCAUAAUAUUAAUUUAUACGCCCCUGGCCGGCUAAUCUUCAUGUUUCGACGUCAUUCAUUUGUAGAUAUUCUCUUUCACAUUCCAUGUCACUACAUUUGCAUCAUUUCACUCACUACUCUUUUUGUGUUUGAUGAAAAUGUAUGUAACAUUUGAAACAGGUCCUCGUCAAAUCAAUCUCUUUGUGGUUUGGAUUCCAAACUGUCAUAAAUUUCCUACAUUUCCAAUGUACAUAGGCUAUUUACCUCUUAUUCUGAGUGUCAAACAAAUAAACAGUAAGGCUUUUAAACUUAGCUCGAGUUAGGGGAAAAAAAGGUUUCCCUUAGUCAUUUCCCCAAAUUGAUGACAAUCUAAGGUUGAUCAAAAAACAGCAACAUUAUUAAGCAAUAAUAAACCUGUUAACAACUCUGAGCUGUGGAUAUUUCUUCGUAAUACUUACAGUUAGACAGCUAUUUUGUAUAAUAAGACCUCAAGCAGCAUCUAAAAGAUUGGGUUGGUCAACAAGCAUCCAUAAUGCUCCAAUAGUAAUGCAUAUCUUGUGUUCAUUCUUCAUUUGCAAGCAAACACAUUCAUUUCAAUUCAGCGAAUGCCACCUGCUCAGAGGUUUAAGACUUUUGUUUAAAACGUAAAAAAUGCCAGAGUUUAAUUUGAGAGCCUUACUGUCUUGUCCUCUGUGUUUCUUUCACUGAGUGCAGAAAAAUGAUAUGUUCUCAUUUUUAGGCAUGUCAUACCCCAACUGGCCUGAGAAGAGCCCGGUACCACUCAACAGACAUGAUGCCACUAACCCUGUCUUUACAAGAUAUGCCAAUGAUAGUGUUUAUGCAAACUGGAUGGCUUUGCCUUCACCCGCAAAAAACGUGGACAAGCUCGAUAGCUAAGGAUAACCAUUGAUGUAGACGAUCUUCCUAAUUCGUAGAUGUGUAUAUUUCUAUAAAAGAAAGGAAAAAGUGUACAUAUACAAUCUGAUUAUAAAGUUGGUUCCCUUUUUUUUCUGUCGCACGGGUAGUCAAAGUUUAAAAACCAGAGUCUUUCUCGCUGCCAAAUAGCUGGAAGAAAUGAGAAAAUAAAACAUAGACCAUGCUUCUCGCAGUUCAUUGGUAUGUUAAUCAUUACCUCAAGGUCAUGUUGGCCAAACUGUAUCAUUGCAUGACUACUGUACCAGGUUGUAUGUCAAUGUUAAUGUCUUUCAAGUGCCUGUGCUGCUUCUACAAUAGCCUCUGAUUAUUAGUGUGUACAACUGUGAGGAUGUUGUUCCAAACCUGGAAUUAAAGGGGCCAUCUUUACCAUCACCUGUUGUAGGACUCUGGAAGCUGGACUAAAAGAGAACUGGGAACUUGUUUGGGCAAAUGUAAAGUUUCUACUAAAAGGGAAGAGGUUCAUUAAAAUGCUGACACCACUUUUGGGUUACCCCACACGAUAUUUUGGACUAUACUUGCCAAAGACAAAUAAUACACCAAUGUUCAAUAAAAGUUAGACAUGUUGCUUGUUUUUCAUGUUGUUUUGUUACAUGAAAAAUAUCUAAAUGUAAGUACUGCUCCAAUACAAGGACAUGAUAUAUAAUCUUAACUGUGGCCAUGUUUUGGUACGACUUAUUUUCAGAUUCCUUUUAAUGGCAAUCAUUGUGCAAAAUGUAUGAUUAUGUAAAAUAAUGAGUUAUCAUCAUUAUGUUAUUUGAUUAUGUUGCAAAUAAACAUUACAAAUGUGCA